CUGCAUCCUGACGGAGGAACAAGAUGCCAGCAGCAGCAGAGGAAUCUCAUGGUGUCAACACAGUUGUGGACAGCAUCUCCAGGCUGUCUCCAGUUCUCUUUACUGAAACAUGUCAGCACAUUCUGACUUAUCUUCAAGGGCAGACCAGAGGAGUAGAUUCAGCUAAAAUUCAUGAUAGACUUCAGAGAGCUGGAGUCACACUUGACCAUGAAGCACAACAGAGUGUGAUCAGAUUUCUCUUGUUAACAUUCAGGUCAGCUGGGAAGAGCAACCUCUCUGGGGAUGAACUCGUGCUGAAGCUGGAAGAAGGCAGUAACAAGUGGCCCAAAGCUUCCCUUCAGGUGGUGCACAAGUUGUGGAGUGAACAUGGUGCAUUAGUCCAUGCUCAACAAGAGAUGCAGGAUAUGCUCAGCAUAGGUCAGUUAGUGGACAUGCAGUGGAAACUCGGCCUGGCAAUGAGCUCUGACACUUGUCGGUCUCUCAACUCCCCUUUUGUAUCUCUAAUGCUGAAGAUUGCGGAGCCCUCUGGACAGAUCAGUCAGAAGUGUUUUGAGAUGACCAUUCCUCAGUUUCAGAACUUUCACAAGCAGUUCAAGGAGAUGGCAGCUGUUAUGGAGACUGUAUGACAGUUGCAAGCACUCCUCUCCCUAUUGCACAAAGCCAAAGGAAGAACAGCUCAACCAAGCUGUUUUCUGCUGGCUGUAUCACAAUGUGGAUACAAAUGACUCCAGUUGUCAGUUGCUGGCUCUGCACUUCUGUUUUGAUCACGAGCUCCUACAUGUUUUACUUAUAGGACCUCCAGCCUUUAAAUGUGUACUUUUAUAUAGUACAGAAAGAAAAUAUUUUUUUAACAGUGAACGCAAACACUGUUUAUAUUGUUGUCAUGUAAUUUAAUCAAUGGUAAGAGAUUGCAACUAGCUUACUGUAAAAUGUUCUUCCUGUUUACAAUAUAGUCUCAGUUUGUGGCUAGAUUUCAUAUCUACUUUGAAAUAAAAUGUGUUUACUAUGAAUGUCUAUGAAGUUAAAUUAACCACAUGAACUGCUUUAUACUUCAUGCUUCCUUAUGACGUCUACAUUAUGAAGACUCAAUGCUGUUUGUGUUAUGAAUACUAUAUGUUUGUAUGCCUGUGCCUUUAUUUUACUUUGGUCCAUAUUUACCUGAAUGUCAUGCAACAGUGAUGCAUAAAAGAAAUAUUAAAUGUAAAUCUUCAUAGCUUGGUUAUUUGAGCCCAA